GAAAAAGAAAACAUCUAUUCAACACCAAGUGCCUCAAUUGGUUGUACACCACAAGGUUCAACGGGACCUACUGAAGCAAGCCAUUAUACUCAUGGCCCUACCACGAGCGAUGGUGAGGCUAAGCUAUCAGAAGAGCCAAGCACCAUCAUGGGCAUCACUUGAUGCCACAGUAAUGCGAACUGCCAACGAUCACAAGAACUUCACUGUUAAUGGCCCGGCUACUCCAAACAUCUCAAACACCACAGACCAGAAGAAAUGGUUUACUGACAAGUUCAGAUACUUAAGGAUUUUGUACCAUUCGGCUACAGAAGUAGUGACCCUCCCAUUUACUGCAGCAUCCAGGGUGUGGGAGAGUGCAAAGGAGUCACAAACUGCAAUGUCCCAGAUAAGGCACCUACCUCUUGCCCAGGGACAAAAGGCAUGAACUGGACAGAUUGUUACUGCUC